GGGGAAGGCCGCAACCUCCCGCCCCGCCCCACCCCGCCACCACGGCAGCGACGCAGCACCAUUCUGAACCAACACAUUUCCUCCUUGCCGCAGCAGCACGCACACCCAGAGACGAUCCGUCGAGCUACUAGCUUCUUGGCGGCGGCGAUGGCGAUCCACCUGCUGGCGUUCAUGGCGGCCAAGGGCUUCGUGCAGGUGUUCCAGGUCUCGGCGCCGCUGCUGUGGCCGCUCAACCUCUGGCUGCCGCUCCCGCGCAACCUGCCGGAGGUCUGCAUCGUCGUCUGCAGCGCGCUCGCCUCCCACGUCGCCUGGCUGCGCCGCGCCUACGCCCGCCGCCGCUCCCGAAGCCGCGACGACGACGACAACGAGCUCCACCGCCAGGCGAUAGUCGACGCCUCCGCAUACUGAGAGAUGCUGGAGCAGGAGCAGGACGGUUUUUCCUUUUUCAUUUUGAUUUGUAGGUUUGCUGGCUGCAUGUUCGAUCAUUGUGUUCCCGAGCGUCCCGUGACAUGUGUAUGUUGGCUGUAAGUUGUAGUAACAUUCAAUCUGUAGAUACGAGUGAAUUCUAGUACUAAAACCGACGGAUUCUGUCGUCAUUAUUCGCUUUGGUCAA